CUGACGCUUGUUACGGGGAAGGAAGCUUAAGGGAAACACACACCUGUUAAUUUUAGCCUACAACAAACGAAGUAACAUUCUUUUUUGUACCGUAGCCUACCGUAUGUAGGUGGAGUGACAUGGUACUGUUUUGAAAUGUAAAAUGUCGACAGUAGUGUUUGUAGUUUUGGUCUUCAGUGUUGGAUGUGCAGCGAAGGGACCAGACUGUCUGGAAGGUAACGGUUCUUCCUACAGGGGUGACGUAGCCGUGACGUCAUCCGGAAUCCCCUGUCAGAAAUGGCACAGCCAGGCGCCGCACAGCCACCUGUUCAUGCCCCAGAUCCAUCCGGGUUCCGGGCUGACGGAGAAUUACUGCCGGAAUCCGGCGGAUGACGUCAGACCGUGGUGCCUGACGACGGAUCCGGACGUGCGGUGGGAGUACUGUGACGUGCCGAGCUGUGAGAACACCACGGAACGGAGCGUGGAACGCCCUAUCAGAUUACCAUGUAGAACUGGGGAGAGCUGCAUGCACUGCCCUGGUGCGUCGACAGGGGGCGUGACUUACUGCUGCCCUUGUUGCCCAAAUGACGCAACUUUACUUUUCGAUGCAGUCAGUGAAAACUGUUACUGUGAGUCGUUUGAAGACCUCUGUACGAGACUUCCUCACAGCACCAGCAAACCUACGGGGCGACCUACAGCCAGGCGGGGCGACAUACCGGUAGUCCCGCGAACCAGGGCUGAUGUACCAGCAAACGCCGCUAUUUCACGCGUUGCUGCAGUUCCAGUUUUGACCGCAAGUGUCCUCGUUGCAACAUUGCUAAGUUGGCCAUAGACGAUGACAUUCAAAUGUGUAUAAAGGGGAAAUUAACAAGCAUUUUUCUUGAGCAUGACAUUGCUAUCAUAAUGAUAGUGGUUUAAGGAUGGUAACAUCAACAAGCCCCUUUGAAAACCUGUUGUGAAAAAUAUACAUGUAAAAAAUAAAAACGGUUCCACCAAAUGCUAACGAAAGGGUAACUUCUGUCGCAUCUAUUUUCCUUCAAACUUAUAUACUAAAGGUAAAUAACAAGUCCUUUCAUAAUGUAAUUAAAAAGCAAGGAAGAUAUCAUCCACGUUCGCCAACUGUACAUAAAAUCAACUUAUGCGUAUUGACAACAUCCAAGACUACGUCUGUAGGAGCAUAAUCUAUUUACAAGCGGUGUCAAAGUCCCUCAUUACAUACAAGAAACUGUAGUACUAGUAACAAAUGUAUUUAUGAAUACAGUAUACAGACCAGGUAACGUUGUCAAGCCAGGCGCUAACUAUUUAACGCCCUUCUCCUUUCCAACCACAUACCAUGGUUACAGUAAUAUCUGUAAACAUACACUUCCGUCAUAAUCUCUUCAGAAAACAAACACCGUUUCCUUAGUAACGAUAGCAAUCAACAAUUGACACUUUAUAUCAAAAAGUUAAGAAAAUUUACUUUGUAAAGUACAGGCACAGUGUCAGGUCUAUUCCUGGGCCGUUAUCUUUGUAACUUUGUUUUUUUAACUGUCUAUAGUGAAACUGUCAUAAC